GCUCUCCACUUCUCGAACACAAAACAUCUACACUUUCUCUUCUCAUUUCCCAUUCUCCUCCACUACCAAUCUCCCACCAAUUCACACAUACCGGAAAUAUGAGAACCGGCGGCGCCUUAUUCCACUCCAUUCCGGUAUCAAAAACGACAACCGCCGAAGCCACCGCCACAGCGAAGGCGACGUUCACGCCGCCGGCCACCAUCCAACGCUCGCCGUGGCACUCCCCCGUGCCGUACCUCUUCGGCGGCCUGGCGGCGAUGCUGGGGCUCAUAGCCUUCGCACUCCUCAUCCUCGCCUGCUCUUACUGGAAACUCUCCGGCGGAGAGGAGGGCGGGCAGGGAGACGUGGAGAGCGGCGCCGGCGAGAAAGGGGAGAGCAACGCCGAUGCGAAGGCUUUGCCGGUUUUCCAAGAGAAGGUUUUGGUAAUUAUGGCUGGCGACGUAAAGCCAACAUUCCUGGCGACUCCGAUGUCGAGCAGGGGCUAUUCUUCUUCCACCAACGAUGAAACGGUGGAAGGCAAACAAACAGCGAAGGAAGAGAACAUCAACCAAAAAGAUGAAACGGUAGAUGAAAAUGGAUCAGCGGAAUCCCAAGUGAGCCAACAGCAAAGCCACUGAUGAAAUUUUCAUAAUUUUGUUAUAUAGUUAUGAUAUUUUAGAUCACUCUUUUUCCUUUUUCUUUUCCCCUUUCUUUUUCUGGCUCUGGCUCUGGCUCCAAUUUUGUGAUCCGGGAAACUGUAAAUUUUUUCUGUUGAGAUCAGCAUCAUUUUGGUGAUAAAUUAUUUUA